AUGGGGAUAGGAAGGCGUGGCGGCUGCGGGGCGGACGAAUCGGGCCUGCAGGAAUUGGAGGGGCAGAGAUUAGCACAGGCUAUUUGCAGCGGCACCUCCUGUCUAGUCCACACCUUCGCCUUCACAGCGCUGUCUUCUGAGCAGGAUUCUGAUCCCUUUUGGAAGUGCACUGGCUGCGACGGACCCUGCAGAAGCAUGGCUGUGAGGAGCUGCCCCUCGCCCAAGGUCAGGGGUAGCGACCGAGAGCGCCAGGCUGCCACAGCACAGGAGCGGCGGCCGAGAGGAGCUUCCCCACAUCCGAGUGGUGGCUCUGCCAUGGCUGAACCAUCCUCUGAGAACUCUGAGGAAAGCCUGGUCACUAAAGAAACCUGCACCUCCGAAAUGGAGAUCUCCGAAAAGGCAAAGAAGAAGACAGCUAAGGGCCGCCGUCGCCGUCGCUGUUGCCGUCGCCGUCGCCGUUGCUGUCGCCGUCGCCGUGGCCACUCCUACCGUCUGAACAAGUCUGUAAGCUUUGCCACCUAUUUCCCCCGGGUGCUGAAGCAAGUGCACACAGGCCUGAGUGUUUCCCGCGAAACGUUAAACAUCAUGGACUCCUUCGUGAAGGAUAUGUUUGAGCGGAUUGCCGAAGAGGCCGGGCGCCUGACCCGCUCCAGCAAGCGCUGUACCAUCAUGAGUGAGGACAUCCAGACAGCUGUGCGUCUUCUGUUGCCUGGGGAGAUGGGCAAGUAUGCCGUGUCCGCGGCCACCAAGUCGGUCAUCAGAUACAUCACCCACAAAUGA